AUGGACUCCAAACUGCGCUCUUGUGUUUCGUUCCAAAAACAUACUGGAGAUUAUCAUGAUGAGAUGAAUGGAGAACAUUUCUUGGAUUGGUUUGAGAACAGGCUAAUGCACAACGUUCCUGAAAGAUCUGUUAUCGUCUUAGACAACGCUCCUUAUCACAAUGUAGUGCUAGAGAAAACACAGAUCUCAAGUCUGAAGGCAAACUUGUUUGCAAAGAUCAGAGACGCCGCUCCCAAAAGGAAACUGUUUCACACGAAUGCUCUGGCGCAACGACUUGGUCAUAUAUUUCUUCAGUCUCCUGUUGCUCACUGUGAGCUAAAGCCGAUUGAAUUGGCUUGGUCAAAGGUCAAACGGUACUUGAAAGAGCAAAACCAAACCUUCAAGCUGGCCGACUUGGAAGAACUGGUACCUGCAGCGUUUCAGUCUGUGACUCCGGAGAUGUGGAAAUCGCACUGCAAACACGUAGAAAAAUAA